AUGGACGAAUCGGUCGAGUCUGAGUUCGCCCCUCCACACCGUGCGUCGUCACCCUCCCCGUCCAUCUGCCCUACGCCCGCCAUCUCCUCCUGUCCAUCUCCGGAUCGCACCUUCUCAACCUUUUCGACCCUCUCCUCCCUGUCCGCCUCGUCCGCCACCUCUGCCGAUGCUCGAUCCUCCGUGUCAAUCUCGUCGAAACGCCGUGGCUACAUUCGGCCCCAGGGGGCCGAAUUCGCCGAGUCAGCAAAGAACCGGGAGAGCGUGAUGAGUCUGGGCAGUAUCGCCCACCUGCAAUACUACUUUGCCCGGACUGGCCUGUUGGACGGCAAAGGUGGCCAUGCCCGCGAAUAUAAGAAGAAGAAGGCGAACCCGGAGGAGGAACCUCGGUUGUUGAUGACCCCUAAUGCACGGUUCAUCGACGAUCUGACGGCUAGUCCCACGAGCGAUGCCGGGCUGAGUUCCGCGGAAGAGGACAGCGGCCUGGAGGAGCCCGACGACAUGAUGCUGCCUCCCACCGUGAGCACCUACAGUAUCAAGACCCAUCACAUUCCACCGCCACCCGACCUACUAGCCCUGCGCAAGAACCUGCGGAGAGCGCUGGACAAGGCCGAGAAGAGCAUCGAGACCCUCGGAUCCCAGAAGGAGCCGCCACCCGACCUGAACCCCCCGCGCAUCAGUCUCUCGCCGGACGGGCUGGCCGACCCCGACGACGAACCCGCGCCUCCGCCUCCCGCGGAGGCUACCCCUCAGGGCUGGCAGGAGAUCCGAGGGAUGCGCAUUUUAGACGUGGUUACGCUAGCCAUUCGCGCAGCCAAGAUCUACUACACCGCUCACGAGCGUCCAGAGCGACUGGCGUCGAUCAAAAGUGAGCGCGAGAUCCGGCAGGAGCUGUUCAACGUCCUCGAGAUCAUGAAACGGUGGGCCUCGCGCAAUUUCUCCGGCGGACUCCGCGGGGAGGAAGAAGCGUCCAUUCUCGGGUGGAUCACCAAUGUGCGGGAUAUGCUGGCCCAAGAGAUCCAGCUAGAACAAAAGGAAGCGGCAGAACGACGGACCUGGUCGUGGGCCGACGGCGACUGGACCGGACGAGAGCGGGAACGCGAAGAAGCGUUCCUGCGCAGUUUGUUGGAUUCCGACUCUCCUUUACCCUCGUGGACCGCUCCGGACGAGGGAUCCCUGCCGAGCGCCAUGCUGGACCGGCUGCGUGACGGGCGGGACCUGGUGCGAAUCCAUAACCAGGCGGUGCGAAAGUCCGCUCGGCCGUUCUGCGAGAUCAAAUCGUAUCACGAGGACGUUGCCAAACCGUACCGACGGGCAGAAAAUCUCCGAUUCUGGGUCAAGGCGGCCGAGAUCCGAUGGGAGACGAAACUGGAGAUGGACGUCAUGGGCGUGGUGCAGGGGAACAGCGACGAGGCGUGGAGGAAAUUCGACGCCGCCCUGCUAACGUGGUGUCAAGCAGUACGCGAGGAGCUGAUCCGCGACUGGCAGGCGCCGCGCCGGCCGUCCACUGCAAGACCUCCUACGCGUGACAGCUUUUUCUCUUGA